GAGUAUCUUCUCGAGCAGGGUGCCAAUCCUGAUGAAUCAAAUGAUCCAAACAGUACAACUAAUACUCCUUUGCAUUAUGCUGUAUUGGGAGGGAACCGAAAGAUACAGACAUUGUUACUUUCAAAAGGUAUUCGCAUUAAUGUUGCGACUAGAUCUGGCACAGCCCUAUCAUAUGCUGCUGCUCUUGACCAGCUUGAUGCUGUUAAAGUUUUGUUGGAUCACCAUGCAGAUGCUGGUGCUGAUCCAAAUGGCAAAAUACGUGGAAUUGUCCCUCUGGCGCUUGCAGUAACUUAUGGGCUAACACAAUUUAUCGUGCGCUUACUAGAGGCUGGUGCUGAUCCAAAUGUCACAGAUAAUGAAGGGAUGACUGCAGUAGAACAUGCUGCCAAAGAGGGUAAACGUGAAAUUGUUGAGAUUUUAUUUCCUGUGACUUCUUGCAUUCCAACAUAUCCGAAUUGGACCAUUGGUGGACUUAUGGAGCAUGUGCAUUCUGAGGCCGCCAAAAAGAAGAAGAAGGAACCUGAAGGUUUUGAGAAGUUUCUUCAAGGAAAAAGGAACGGUGCAAAAGCAUUUCAGGAUGAGCAGUAUGUUUGGGCGGCAUAUUGGUACUCACAGGCGUUGGAAGUUGCCCCAACAGAUGCAACUCUAAUAUCCAAUAGGAGUGCAUGCUAUGCAUGUUUGCAACAGGGAUCUGAAGCAUUAAUGGAUGCAACUGAAUGCAUAUCUUUAAGGCCUGAUUGGCCAAAGGCACACUACAGGGCAGGAGUAGCACUGAGCGUUUUGAAGAGGUAUGGCGAAGCAGCAGAUGCCUUUUUUAAGGGUUUGACUCUGGAUCCUAGAAACAAAGAGCUUGCAGAUGCAUUCAGGGAUGCCAAUGAAGCUAGAUUGAAGUGCAUCGUCCCACAACCAUAAGAAGAAGAAGGAGAUGGCAAUGAUAGUAGACUGGCAAUAUGAUCUCGACUAGAAAACAUUUCUGUGACCAACUUUUGUACAGGCUCCUACUGAAAGGGGUUUUGCCAACAUUUGUUGCUAUUUGCGCAAACCAAACACUUAAUUCCCACUAAACUUCACAGUAAUUAGUACUUUCCUAUUCCAGUUGAAAUUUUUGUUGAUGAAGGGAACUCUUUCAACUUCUUAUCCCCUAGUAGGUGUAAAUAAGAAUUUCAGUUACUAUCCUAGUUACUAUCUUACUUCCAAUUUGAGACACUGAUAUGUUAAAGCC